ACCUUGCCUACUUCUGGUAGGGCUUUUUAAUAUUUUAUUCAGAAUUCUUGGGCUCUAUCUCCAUGGCUACAUCAGAUGGUAUAGACGGCUGUCUCCUGCAACGAGGCAGAUCUCAAAGUGACCCGAACAUACUCACAGAGUCUGGCAUCGAUCUAGUGCACAGCACAGUGGAGGUGAUGGACCAGCAGAGGGUGCUGAGGACUGGCUGCUUGGUGUCAGGGGUUCACACCCCUCCCAUCCGCCGCAACAGCAAGCUGGCCAGUCUGGGACGCAUCUUCAAACCCUGGAAGUGGAGAAAAAAGAAAAAUGAGAAGCUCAAGCAAAGUUCCACUGAUGUCGCCCUGUGCAGCGGCCUCUACUGCCACGACCCCGGUUCCCCCCUACAAGGCUCCUCGGAUGGGACCCUCCUUCUGGGGGGGUUUGGGGGUCCCCUCAACCCCAUCCUCACAGUCAGCAGUGUGGAGUACCUGGGCCCUGAGGAGGAAAACCCCUCCACAGUGACGUCCCCUGCAGAGGAGGGUGAGGUGGUGGAGGAUGGAGCAGAGUACACCGAAGAGACAGAGGAGCAGGCGGAGGUGUCGCACCCCGGGGGGGACAUGACGGAGGGGGUCCCAGAGGGCGGGGGCGAAGGGGAGGAUGGACAGGAAGAGGAAGUGCCACCGGGUGGGAUUCCACUUCCUCCUGGACAUGGAAAAACGUUGCCUCAGCUGGUCUGUGGAGAAGACACAGGUCCAGCACCUGUACCCAACCACCUACCCACCUCCUUCCUGCCCAAGGAGCCCCCCAGGUGCCCCCCUGACAGCCUGGCUCCCAUGGCCCUGCGAGGGCCCCUCUCAGGAUCCCCUCACAUAGGCAAUAUGAUGCACCCUCCCAUGCCCCCUAGCUGCAUCAUGGAAGAACUACAACGAGCCUUUGCCUCCAAAAACAGACAGGAGAGCGUGCACGAAGGCUUGGAGCCAAGCUCGCUCCCCCGGAGGCGCACUGACGGGCGUCUCUCUCGCUCCUGCAGCUCAGAGAGGGAGGCGUCGGCGGCCGGGCCGGGGGACUGGGCCCAGCUGGUGGAGAGGAAGAAGGAGGCGGAGGAGAACAAGGAGAACAUGAGGCUGGACCAGUGCUUCUCCAACACCUCGGGCCUCCCCAACGACAUGGACGACUGGAACGACUCUGUCAUCUCCGGCACGCUGCCUCGCAGGUUAAGGAAGGAGCUGCUGUCUGUGAAACUAAGAAACCGUCCCAGCAAACAAGAACUGGAAGACAGAAACAUCUUCCCAGCUCGCAGUGACCAGGAACGCCAGGAAAUACGUCAGCAGAUCGAGAUGAAGCUGGCCAAGCGGCUUAGCCAGAGACCGAACGUUGAGGAGUUGGAAAGCCGGAAUAUCCUGAAACAGAGAAAUGACCAGCUGGAGCAAGAGGAGAGACGAGAGAUCAAACAAAGACUAAACAGAAAGCUCAACCAGCGACCGACUGUGGAUGAGCUGAGGGACAGGAAGAUUCUGAUCCGUUUCAGUGACUAUGUGGAAGUCGCCAAGGCCCAGGACUACGACAGGAGGGCAGACAAGCCAUGGACACGACUCUCUGCAGCCGACAAGGCGGCCAUCCGAAAAGAGCUGAACGAGUUCAAAAGCACCGAGAUGGAGGUGCACGCUUCAAGCAAACACCUAACAAGGUUCCACCGGCCAUAAAAGAAGGAGCUUCUUCUGUGAAGAAACGCUGAGGUGUACCGGCUGUGUUCGCGGCGGCAGAAGCUGCCUGGAGGAGAAUAUUCCAAGAACCCACAGCCGUUGUCUUUGUGAGGAUGGGAGAGGGUGUGUGUGCGUGCGUGCGUGAGGGGGGCCCUUAAAUCUUCCAUCAGCCCCGAUCAUCAUCGAGAGAGGAGGGCGACGGAGGGGAGAGGGGGGCGUCUGGAGGUGAAUUCUGGAGGCUGUGUCUCUGCUGUGAGAACUGCCUGAAGGAGCAAGACUCGGACUGGAUGAGCACUCUCUUCCUCUGUGGUUAAGAGAGGCGCUGCACGGAGGAGACGAUGAAGAAAACUAAACAAUCUUGUCAGUUGGUGUCGUUUUCUUUCAUUUUUUUUGUUUGUUUAAUGAACGGACUCCUUUUGGAAAAGGUGGUGAAUCCAUCUUUGGAGGGAGGGAUGUUGUGCAUGUGAUUGGUCAUGUGACCGGUUUCACUUUUCUUGUUUGAAUCAUUUGUCUCACGUGGGGCUAUGACCCACGUAGUCUGGGCUUGGGGGGGAAGAAUUUCAUAUCAACUGAACUGUCGAUGUCUUAAUUGAAAAGAGGAAUCCUUUGUAAGCGCUACUUGUCUUCAAAAUACAAGGUCUUUUUUAAAACUCCUUGCCUCCUCUUUUUGUGAUAUUCAAGAUUUUGAAGCUGGAUAUGAAUAACUCAAUCUACAAUAUACAGGGAAACAGCAAC